AAUAUCAGCACAGGAUUUGGUCCGUGUGAUGACUUGACAGAUCGUACGGUUGGAACGAUGUGGAAUGGUCGACAUGGAGUGUCAUAAAGAGGUCCCAGAGACGCGUGACUAACCCCCAUCGGUAGCGAGAGAAAGGGGGAGAGCGACGACGUCCAAAGGUUCAGAAUUCACAACUUGGUUACAUGCUACCUCGUUUGACCUCUGCAAGAAUACACCUUCCAUCUAGGAUCUUUACAUCCUCCUUCACUCCUCGAUCUAGCCCAGACCUCGCUCAUCUGAUACCUUGCGAAGCUCGCUCCCCGGUACCCCCGUCGCGAUGCCUCAAUACUCCUUCCUCCCCUUCCUCCAACCCUUUCCUAUCGCGACCCGUAUCCUCACCGGACUCCUUAUCACCCUCUCUCUCGGUCAAGUCCUCCUAACAGGCCUCAACGCUAGGUUCAGGGAACAAGAAGGGAAGACCUUUGAGGGGAUCAAUGAGAAUGCCGAGGUUCCGUACUUGCUGUGUGUGCCGGGGGCGGCGUUGCCUUGGUAUUUCUGGACGUUCUUGACGGCUGGGUUUGUGGAGAUUAAACCGAUCGAGUUCAUAAUCUCCCUAAUCUCAAUCCCCCUCCUCACCCGAUACCUAGAACGAGUAUGGGGCCCUAAAGAACUCCUCAGGUUCUCAGCGGUUGUGAUCGUCGCGAGCAAUAUCAUCGGGUUCGGGCUUUGUUGGUUGGAGUUCUUUGUGUUGGGGGGGAGGGAGGUGUUUUUAACGGGAGAACCCGUCCGAGGCUCAACAGCCCUCUUAACCGGUUACCUCGUCGCCUACACCCAGUUGAUCCCGGAACAUCAGGUUCAGAUCUUUGGGAGGCUCAAGAUCAGGGUCAAGAACACGCCCGGGAUCGCCCUUUUGGCAUCGAAUAUCUUGACUCUGGUACAUUCGUUCCAACCGUGGAUCUUGAUCCAGUUUGGGUUUAUCGUCGCGUUUUGGUACCUGAGGUUCUUCCAAGUACAUGCCGAGAGCGACAUCAGGGGAGAUAGGAGCGAGACGUUUGCGUUCAUCUACUGGUUCCCUCCUCCUGUCCGACCCUACACGGGCUAUAUCGGCAACGUCGUCUUCAACCUCGCCGUCAAGUUCAAGCUCGUGCAACCUUGGGACGGACCGCAGACGGGGGCUUAUGCGAUGUUGCCCACUUCUGGAAGUGGAGGUGCUGGAGGUGCGGGGACGAGAGCCGAGGCUGAGCGAAGGAGGGCACUGGCUUUACAAGCUCUGGACGCAAGAGUAACUAAGCCUACCACAGGCGAAGCUUCAACUAGCGCACCCCCACCUACUGCAGCUGGGACGACAGCGACAGCGGCGUCAGGGGAAGCGGUGACGGUGACAGCACCGGCAGAGGCGGUGACCAAGGCAGAGAAGGCGAACGACGAGGAGAUCAAGGCGUCGUAAGAUGACAGGCAAAAGAUAGUGCAGGAAGCGAAGAAGAGCGCCGAGGGAAAUUGGCACGAUGUUCUUGAUUGUUACCGGCACAACGUAUGCAAUUCGAUUUCUUAUGUG